UAUAGAUUCAACAAGGCUCUAGCUUGCCUUGUGCAUUCAGGAUCAGCUUGUGAUCACGUGUCGGUGGAGCUGCUGUAUCUUGCCUGCACGUGCCCCUCCUCUCCAGCCUCCCAUCGGUCAAGCCGCCUUUUUCCAUUUGUGUCCUCUACAUAUAAGCCAGUUCUUGACAGAAGCGCAACCGUAUAUAUAGCUCUCCAACAAAGGGUCCGGCACAAGACCUUCAUCAACGCUUGAUCAUUGUACCCAAGUCAGGGCAGGGACGUGCCUAGAGGCUCGGGCCGUCGUGGAGCCAUGAUGCCGGUGAAGGCAUACUCAAGACGAUGGCGUGCCGACUACCAAAGUUUCAGUCGUCUGAAGCACGAAUUGCAAAGACAACUAGAUAUUAUUGAACGUGGGGCUAUACAGGAUAACAAUUUCAACGCUGCCUCGGACUUCUCAGAAUGGGCUGAUCCAAUUCUGACGCUACAGCGUAUAGCUCCCGGCUCGGAUUUUCAUCGUCGAUUAGGGGGAUUGGCCGUCCAGCUAGAGGGUAUACAUGUCGAUUCUUAACUAAGAUUGAAGAAAGGCAUCUGACAGGAUAGGGUUUGACACUUUCUGGAACAGUCAUCGACACUUCGGAUUUGAGAGGGCCUUGGCUUCAUAUGACCGGCCCGGCGUUUUCGAUUCCCUUGACUUGGAACUGAUGUGGAAGUUACCAGCGUUCUGUAAGCCAUCUUCUCAAUAUAUCGAUGUCAAGCCCUGUCAUGAAAUGAACACAGGAGCCGACACACCCGUUGCUUACAACGGAGACUUUUGGGACUCGGAUGCGCUGGUAGAGUGGGCCUCCAGCAGCGAAUCGUCGAUUCUGUUGGUCGAGGGAGAUUACCAAUGUGACUAUGAGAUUGAUGAAAUCAGUAGAGAUCUCAUUCCGUAUCUCGAAGACCACGAUGAACCCGUUGUUUGGAUCCCGAACGACAUGUCUAUUGUUUCAAGCAUGUCCCAUGGCACCCACAUCUUGAAACAGCUUGCUGUUCAAAUUCUGCAGAAAGGAAUCUUGCUAUAUGAUGUCGCGUUCUUAUCAUAUCUCGUCGAGAUGUUUUUACUGAGCCCAGGAGGCAGCCGGAUCCCACAGGACGCCAAUAUAUAUUGGUUCGAUGUGCUGAGAUAUGUUCUUCGAGGGAUUCCAAAUCUGUGCAUGGUUAUCGACCUUAGAGUACUUGAGGAUCAUCAGGAGUUACCAUUUUCAUGGGUGGAUCAAUUCUCUAAUCUGUUUGAAAGACUUCGGUGUGAAGAUUCUACGAUCUUGAAAGUUGUUCUCCUCACUACUUGGCCCCUGCCAAAAGGUAAUACCGAUGCUCGGACCAUUAUUAUAAACUCUGAAAGUGGACCUCCGAAAUUACAGAGAGUCCAUCGCAUUCAUUGGCUUACCCAACGCAAUGGUACCAGGUCAUUGUCGUUUGCAACCAAAAGACCCUUCUCCACAGCUUCCAAAUUUGUGCACCAAAGUAGUAACUCUUAUACGAGUCAAGUAAGUAUCGCAUACGAUGAUUCAUCGUCUGAGGGAGAAAGAAAGAUUGGCAGUGUUUCUGCAGCCAAAGGUGCAGCGUCGAAAGGACCUGCAGAUUGGUUUACUCAGAUGAAAUCCUUCGAGAAAACCGUCGACGCUUCAAGGAAAGAGCCCGAUGCUGCCCACCCCCGAGUGAAGAUUACAGUCCUGGACACCGGUCUGGACCUCUCACACCGCGAAAUGAUCAGGGCGAAUGAUGAAGGACGUUUGAGGACACGAGAUUUUGUCGAGGACACCGACAACGUCAAAGACAGUGACGGGCACGGUACACAUUGUACAUCUCUUGCCUUAAGGUACGCUCCCAAUGCAGAAAUAUUCGCGGGUCGAGUUUUCCGCAAGAAUGAAGCAGACACCGACAGCUUCAGUAUUCUUACUAAGGCAAUCCGCUAUGCUGCUGAAGUCUGGAAAGUCGACAUCAUCUCCCUAUCUCUGGGCUUCACAGACGAGGAUGACCGCCACCUGCGUGAGGAAAUCCGGAAAGCUAGCGCCAACAAUAUUCUCAUUUUCGCUUCAGCUGCGAACAAGACCAGUAAUGAGACAAAGCCUAUCCGGUUUCCGGCACGGAUGAACGACGUAAUAUGUAUUUUCUCGAGUAACUCGUACAGUCGGCCAUCGGACUUCAACCCAAGAGCGCAUUACUUCCGACCAAACCUCACAUUUCCAGGCGAAGACAUCAAAAGUGCUUGGCCUUCAGCGCUCGCUAACGAGAGGACAUUCGAAUGGAAAGGUGCCACGUACAAAAAGCAUUCCGGCUCAUCUUGUUCCACCCCCAUCGCAGCUGCCGUUGCGGCCGGCAUUCUUGAAUUCUUAUGGCAGGAAAGAGUGCCGGCUGUGCGACGCCCGGAGUUGCUGAAGCAUUAUACGGGCAUGACGCGGAUAUUCAUGAGAUUCAUGGUGGACGACUUCAAAUAUGGAGACAACAGCUACAACUAUGUCAAGCCGUGGAUGCUGAUCUCUGAACACUUUCCGAAACUUGAGAUACCUGGGCUGAUCUCGCACGCCCUUGACAAAAUCGAUGGCUAGAUCUGCCCGAUGGCGAGAGAGCUCGGCAUGGUAUUGACAGGCGACAUUUCAAGUUUAUACUCUCCUCACGUCGUGAGUAAGAGGGAGGACAUUUAACGAUCACAAACCGCUCGCUUUGUUUGAUUGACUCAACAUACCCAGGACAAGGCACGAAACGUGGGACCGUUCCCCGCAGGAUAAAUUGAUUGCCAGCGUAAUUUGUUUCAACUGAGAUUGAAUCUAUUGCAUUGCCAACUUUACGAUUACAGUAGUGCGCGUCGCCUCUACGUCCGCCUCUAAUCCAGAAACCAACUCGAUUGCAACACCACCUCGCUCAAGUUACAGAUAUCGCACUCUCCUCCACCUUCACCGCAUCAGCGAAAACCAAUGCAUCCUUAAACACCUGUAUCAAAUCAUCCGCCUUCUCCAAGCCGACCGACAUUCUGAUCUGCGUCUCUCUCAAAUCGCGCUCUGCAGCCCAAUCUAAUUGCUUCCCAUAAAGCGCCUUGACAUACGGCAGCGCGAGCGUCAAAUGCGCACCCAGAUGCGGACCGUGAUGAACAUUGAUGUUAUUGUAAAAGGCUUGCGUGGCUUCAACAGUCCUGAGCUCGAUCGUGAAGAGACAACCGUACCCAGGUGUGAAGUCUGCUGUCGGAGCACGCAUGCGGGCUUUGUAAUGAGAGAGAGUGGGGGAAGUGGUCGGGUAGUAGACCUUCGCGACGCUGCUCUUCGGGUCGCUGGUGAGGGAUUGGAGGUACUCAACCAAUUCCUCUGCAUUGGUAUUAUAAGUCUUCGAGCGAGUGAGAUAGUCUCUGCUGUUCUUCUCUAGGACUUCAGCAUCCCCGCUGUAGUACCGAUUCACGUAUUUCUCUCCGAACAGCUCCUUCAACAUUCCAUACUUCGCCGACGAAGGGUUCAGUGCCGCACUAGCACCCAUGACGUCCGCGUAACCUGAGAAAGAUUUUGUGAGCGAUGAUACGACGAUAUCGGCGCCGCCGGCGCCGAGUAAAUCGACGUUGCAGAAACUGCCAACUGUGUCGUCCACUAUAAGCACGAAAUUGUACUCUGUAGCCAAUUCUCGCAAUCUCGUGAUGUCGGGCGUCAUGAGGAGUGGGUUGGCAGGGAAUUCAGUCCAUAGCGCUUGGAUCUUUCUCCCUUCUGUCUUCUCCUCUUUGAGAAAUUUUUCUAAUUCGACAAGUUCAUUCGCAUUGCCAAGACCAAAGAAUUUCAAGCCCGGUCCUCCGAAUUCCUCGAAGAUAUGCGGUGUGCUGUGGAACGCGAAGCCGAAAAGCACGCUCAGAGCAUUGAAUUUGCUGAGAAGGAAUUGGUGCACGGUGUAGAUGGAUGCCAUGCCUGUUUGAAACAGAUAGACAUCUUCUGCUUUGAUCAGUGCCUUUCUUGGCGAGUUUGGUGCAGGUGCGCGUUCGAGUAAGGUCGCGAUCCGGUCGCGGAGGAUUGCAUUAGCUGGUGACACUGGGUUGCUUGGUGCAGGCUUGUCGUCAAUUACUUCGCGCAGGAGGUCGAUGUUCUUGAGGCUUUCCUCUGCGAAGCGAGAAGAGAUGCCGACACCGGGAUUGAUCCAGAAGGCUGAGACGAUGGGGGAUUUAGGCAAGGGGAAGAAAACGGCGUAGAGGCGGACCUUGAUGUCUAGGACUUUGGUGGAAAUUUCAGAGGGUGAGAGGGCAUCAUCACCCCGUGCGGGGGAGGUGGCGAAUUUGAUGCAUUCCGAUGCGGAUUCAGGGGCGGAGAAGAGGAAGACAUUUUGGCCUUCUGUGCCGAAUUUGGAGAGCACAGCGGCGGCGAGCUGUGGUGGGAGGGUCAGCUUGGAACGUCAAGACAUGGGAACAUCAAAAGUUGGAACAUCACGAAAUUUAUACACAAGUCUCCCCACAGAAGACAUCACCACGACCUCGAAAUUGAAAAGUACUCACAGCUUUGACAUCCUUGUGCGGUAUAAUCCUCGGGUAGAAACUGGUAGUCUCCUUUAUGAAUUCGGGGUCCCGGUCCAUCAACCUGAGCAUACU